UCUCAUCAGAUUGGGGAAGAUGGCACAAUCUGACGUUCCUAGGAAUCUCAAAUAACAAUAUCACCGGAGUUGUACCAUCAGAACUUGGACAGCUAUCAAAGCUGGAAGAACUGGACCUUUCUUCAAACUACUUCCAAGGAGAGAUCCCAAGGAGCUUGGGCAACCUGGCUCAUCUUUAUAACUUCAACCUGAGCAACAAUCAACUCAUUGGAGAGAUACCAGCAGAGCUGGGAAGGAUGUCCAACCUUGAACUUCUUGAUCUGUCGAGAAACGGCUUGAUAGGUAGGAUACCAUAUCAGAUAGGAAAUUGCAUGAAACUCCAUUUGCUGAAGCUUAACAACAACAACCUCAGCGGAAGCAUUCCUUUUGAGAUAGGCAAUCUGGUGUACCUUCAAGACGCACUCGACAUCAGCCAUAACUCUUUGACAGGGGAGAUACCAACGCAAUUCGGUAAAUUGUUGAUGUUGCAAAAUUUGAAUCUAUCACACAAUGGCUUGACGGGUAAUCUUCCAUCAACUUUUAGGGAUAUGCGUAGCAUGUUCAUCAUCGAUGUCUCAUACAAUGAAUUGGAGGGUCCAGUUCCCGAUAACAAGCAUUUCCAGGAAGCUCCAGUAGAGUGGUUUGUCCACAACAAAGGUUUGUGUGGGGUUGUCAAAGGUUUGCCUCCAUGUGCUUCAUCUACUGCAAAUGAACACCACGGAAGUAAGCACCACACAGUCAUUAUCUUAUCUAUUGUUGCAUCUAUGGUCGUCUUACUUCUCUUGCUUCUGUUCGUCGGAAUUGCUUUGCGAUUCCUGAAGAGGAAGAAACACAGAGUGCAAGCUGUCAAUAAUCCCAUCAAACAGGGUACAUUCUCUGUAUUGAAUUUUGAUGGAAAAGUUGCAUACAAGGAUAUCAUCGAAGCAACAGAAGAUUUCGAUGAGAAGUACUUGAUCGGAACCGGUGCAUAUGGCAGUGUUUAUAGAGCAGAAUUAUCAAGUGGAGAGGUGCUAGCAGUGAAGAAAAUUCACCUGUCCGAACACGAGAACACGGUGGACGAGCAACCCUUUCAGAAUGAGAUAGAAACUCUUACUCGAAUCCGACAUCGCAAUAUUGUCAAACUUUACGGAUUCUGCUCCUCUCCUCACCACAAGUUUCUCGUGUACGAGUACGUGGAGAGAGGGAGUUUGGGAUCCGUCCUCAGAAUCGAAGCAGCAGCAGCAGAAUUAGACUGGGUGAAGAGGGUGAAUAUUGUCAAAGAUGUGGCUCGUGCUCUCUCCUACAUGCAUCAUGAUUGUGUUCCACCUAUCGUUCAUCGAGAUGUAACCAGCAACAAUAUUCUACUGGAUUCAGAAUUCAAGGCUUGUGUUUCUGACUUCGGCAUUGCUCGACUCCUGAAUCCAGAUACCUCAAACUGGAGCAUGCUUGCCGGCACGCAUGGUUACUUGGCACCAGAGCUCGCUUAUACAAUGAGACUGACCACCAAAUGCGAUGUGUAUAGUUUUGGGGUGAUCACAUUCGAGUUGCUAGUGGGAACUUACCCAGGAGAUAUCAUUUCUACCCUAUCAUCUUCCUCCGGCCAAAGCCUGUUUGUGAAAGAUAUAUUAGACCAGCGUGUAUCACUUCCGGUUGACCAAGUUGCAGAUGAAGUAGCUGCAGCUUUAACAUUGGCGAUCCAUUGCGUUGACAUCAACCCAGAAACUCGCCCGACGAUGAAGCAGAUCUUUGAAAAGUUAUCGGCGCAGCCGAGCCCGGCAUCUCUCCAUGCAUUGAAGUUUUCUGAUUUGAUGACUCGAGAAUUAUGA